ACUUUUCUGCUUAUUUGAAUCCUUAUUCCUUGCAUCUGUUUUAGAUCCGAUCGUCCCGAUGUUUGGCGCAUUCCCAUUUUCCCAGAUCCAAUCGAUUCACCCCUCUAUCUAUUAUGUACACUUUGCUUUCCGUUUCCGUUUACCUUUGGGCUCCCUCCCCUCUUUCACGGUGUCUGUCAUCUUCUCACGGUCCCGUGAAAUUCCGCACGAACGAGUUUUAAAACAUGGGGGACCCGUCGAGUUCAACCUCUUGGAGCAGUCAAAAGGAGACGGAAGAUGAUCGUAUGAUUGCUCUUAUGUUAUCUGAAGAGUACACUAAACUAGACGGUGCAGUCGGCAGACGCCUCUCAAAUCUUGCUCCCGUACCUCAUGUUCCACGGAUAAAUACUUAUAUUCCCAAUUUAAAUGAUGCUACCUUGGAUCAUCAACGCCUUCUUCAAAGGCUAAAUGUUUACGGUUUGUGUGAGUUGAAGGUCUCCGGUGAUGGAAACUGUCAGUUCCGAGCACUUUCUGAUCAGUUAUACCGAUCUUCAGAGUACCACAAACAAGUUAGGAGAGAAGUUGUAAAACAGCUCAAAGACAAUCGCUCUAUGUAUGAAAGUUAUGUUCCGAUGAAAUACAAACGAUAUUACAAGAGGAUGGCAAAACUUGGAGAAUGGGGAGACCAUAUUACCCUACAAGCUGCGGCAGAUAAUUUUGCAGCAAAGAUAUGUCUGUUGACAUCUUUCAGAGACACUUGCUUCAUUGAAAUUAUACCUCAAUACCAAGCACCUAAGCGUGAGAUAUGGUUAAGUUUCUGGUCAGAGGUGCAUUAUAACUCUUUAUACGAUAUUCAAGCUGCUCCAGAUCAGCAGAAGCCAAAAAGAAAACAUUGGUUGUUCUAGAAGGCAUGCGGCAUGCCUCUCACACGUCUCAUAUUAAGUCCCUUUAACAAUUUUCUAGUCGGUUUUGUGCAUAAGUCAAUAUUCUCCUACGUCAUAACUAUUUCUUCACACUUCUGUCUGUAUACAUACGAACUAGCUUGAGCUGUAACAUUUUUAAGCCGAAUAUGAUAGUGGUGGGAACAAGGCAAAUAAAUUAUGACAAUUUCAGUAA